AUGCGUUAUUUUACAGGCCCGGCAAGAAUAACAUCCUUGCUGACGCGCUUUCUCGGCGACCCGAUUACAAUCCUUGACGCGACAUGGGCCGUCAGCCAGGUAGUGCUGAUGACGAAGACUAUGACAUUUGUUUGUGCUGUAUUGAGCUGGGGCUCAACGCAAUGGCCUCGACACCUGUGCUAUCGAUAUCGGUCUCAAAUCGCUGAGUCUUGCGAAUUAUUCCUUUACUCAGGCCUUAUCAACUAUCUUCGACACCCUAGUGAAGUGGUCACUCGCGAAGCUGACGAAACCAUCGCGUGA